AUUUAAACGGCAUAUAGCGGAACUAAAAAAUUUCCAGGCGAUCGCAGCGUUCCCCAAACGGUAUAUAGCGGAACUAAAAGAUUUGCGGACGAUUAUAAUUGAUUAUAACGUCGUUUAACCUAAAAGAGAUCGCAGUUGGUCACAAUUGAGAAACAUAACCUAUAUGUCUUUGAUUUUAUAAACAUUGUUAUAUUUUGGCAGUCAUGAAUAAAUGGAGUAACAUACGUAAUUAUUGAAAACAGAGCGUCUGCAAAUUUAUUUCAGAAAAAUCGCAAUGUCCAUUCAAUUUUUAAACAUCACCCGGUCAUUGACAACUGCCGCAAGAUCCAAACGGCGUGUUGUUGUAACCGGAAUAGGGGUUGUGUGUCCUUUAGGAGUCGGCACGCAAAACGCCUGGAAGGCUCUCAUUAAUUCUGAGUGCGGAAUCACGAAACUUUCCGAACCGGAUUACGACAAGCUACCAUGUAAAGUAGCUGCAUUGGUGCCAAAAGGAAAUGCUCCUCGCGAACUCAACAUUGACUCUCACUUUACGAAAAGUGAACUACGUACCAUGUGUCCAGCUACUGCAUAUGCGCUGAUAGCUUCAGAAGAAGCACUCAUAGAUGCAAAAUGGAAACCAAAUGAUGAAAAUGACAAACGUGACACCGGAGUAUCAGUAGGAAUUGGUAUGAUAGACCUAGUGGAUGUUUGCAUGACGUAUGAAGCUCUGAAAAAAGGAUACAGCAAAGUCAGUCCAUUUUUUGUACCAAGAAUAUUACCAAAUAUGGCUGCUGGUCAGAUCAGUAUUAAAUAUGGCUUUCGAGGACCAAAUCACUCGGUGUCAACUGCAUGCGCAACGGGUGCGCACGCUAUCGGUGACGCAUUCCGCUUUAUUCGCGGCGGCGAAACGAGCGUUAUGGUGUGCGGCGGUGCGGAGGCAUGCAUCAGUCCAUUAGCCAUUGCCGCAUUCUGCCGCUUGCGUGCACUAAGCAUCGCACGGAACGACACACCGGAAGAAGCGUCACGGCCGUUCGACCGCGAUCGUGACGGUUUUGUGAUGGGCGAAGGCGCUGCGAUCCUAGUGCUAGAAGAGUUGAAUCACGCGCUCGCCCGGAACGUACCUAUCUAUGCCGAGGUGCUGGGUUAUGGCCUGUCCGGCGACGCGUCACAUAUUACGGCACCCAGCGAGGACGGUAUCGGCGCGCUGCUCGCCAUGGACCGAACGGUGAAGGACGCUGGCAUCGAGAGUUCGGAAGUGACGUUUGUGAACGCUCAUGCAACGUCAACGCCGUUGGGCGAUACGAUCGAGGUUAAAGCGAUCGAGUCGUUGAUGGGCGAGCACAGCAAAAACGUGACGGUGGCGAGCACCAAGGGAGCGCAUGGCCAUCUGCUGGGAGCCGCCGGUAAUCUAGAAGCUGCCUUCACAAUCUUGGCGAUCAAGGAAGGCAUCAUACCACCUACGUUGAAUCUGCACAACUUGGACAUGGAGACACGUUUAAACUUUACGCCGCAUACAAAAGCAAAGUGGAACACGACGACGCGUCGAACGGCUCUGAAGAACGCAUUUGGUUUUGGUGGGACAAACGCAUGUUUGUGCUUUACACAGUACGUAAAUUGAGCUAGUUGAAAACUAUCGCGAUACGCGCAGUGCUAACGUGAAAUCAUUUAUUAAUAAUUCUUCGAAAAAUAUCGAUUUGAAAAUGUGUGAAGGCACUCAAAACGACAACUAAAAUACAUAGAGCAACUGUGUUCCUUGAUAUUUUCGUUGCUCAAUUCGUACAAAGGAGGAGACUUAUUCUUAGGUAAGAUUUAUGCAUACAUAACAUACGAAACGAGAUAAAAGCCCGAGAUAGACAAAUUCGGUCGACGAAUUGAAUCUUACACAACUGAUUAUCAGUUGAUGGCGGCUUAAAUAUUUUUAAUAACUUUUAUGCAACAUACAAUAUAUGUAAAUACGAUUUACGACAAAGAUAUUUUUUAUAUAGAAUGUUUUUACACUGUGUGUAACGAAAGUUUUCCACAGAGAGGGGGUGUACAUCAGAAUAUAAUAAAAUAUAUGUAUAUAUAUAUAUAU